UUAUUAUCUCUUCUUGCAGGCUUUUUUAUUUCUUGAUUGACUAUUCUGGCUUGAACUGAAUAAGUGAAGAUAGCAAAGAUAUCUGCCAAAUCAGCUUAGCUCCAACUAUAGUCCACCUGUAGUACUAGUAAAAAUCAAUACUUGAAAGAUUUUAGAAGCACUGAAUUUGGUGGGAAUAAAAAAUCUACUUCAACACAAGAGAUGCACGCACAAGUUCAAUUAAACUCAAGAGGGUCAUCAAGUCAGAGAACUAGGAGCAAGUCGUCGCCGAUUUAUAUUAAGCCAAGGACAAUAACUAAAGAAGUUUUAAGUAGAGUUUCUUCACCGUCGCAAAUAACAACAAAUAAUGUUGAUGUACUCUCUCAAAAAUCACCUGCUUCAAUUGAGACCAGUAAUUUAACUGAAACAACUCUCAGUUUAGAUCAAGAUCAAAAUUUAUCAGCUGUACCGAAUGAUUCCACUACAAGUAGAUCAACAACUCAUGAUGCUUCUCCAAUAAAAAAGAGAGGUCGUGGUGUAACUACUGGAUUUGAAGUUAAAAAGAGAGCAAAAGAAGGUACUAAAAUAGGUGGAAUUAUUAUAAAAAAAGGAGUGCAUCUGCCAGUUGGUCCAGCGGAAAAAAUCUUUAAGAUGGAGAUUGGUGUUCUUACUCGCAAAUAUGCACCAAAAGGAGUUUUUUAUUGGACUGAUGUGACUGAUGCGGAUAAGCAGCCUAUAUUAGUAAAACUUGCAGGUGAGUUUGAUAUAGACAUUGAAGAUCCUCAUACAAAAAAGGUUAUUGACAAAAUCAUGUCAAGACGCUUUACUAGUUUCAAACAUCGAUGUCAUAUGCAUUAUAAGAAGUUUAAGACUUUUGAUGAAGCAAGUAAACACCCUCUUGACAAUAUCAAAUCUGAAAAUUGGAUCACGUUUUGUAAGCAUUUCGAAGAUGAAAAGUUCAAGGCUCAAAGUGUCGCAAACCGAGGCAACAGAGGCAUGAUGCAGGUUCCACAUACUUCAGGUUCAAAGUCGUAUUGCCAACGCUUGUAUGAAAUGGUAUAUGUGUUUGGUUUUUAUGUUGCAUAAAUUUUGUAAUCAUUUCAUACUA